CAGUGGGGGCUGUGUCCAGUGGGAAACCCCUGGGUGUUUCCUCGGACAACGCCCCCAGAUUGGCCCCGAGGACAGAGGAGGGUGAUGUUGUUGAGGGAAUAAUCCCUUCAUCAAAGCCAGCUGUGAGCCAGUCAGACAUGCAGACAGAGAAAGCAGGCUCCAUCACCUGUCAGCCUGGACUGCCCAGGAAACAGCUCCAGUGUCCACUGCCUGCAUGACCAACAUAACUCACAUGCCUGAGAUGUUCACCAUACGGUGGCACUGGCUAGAUGAAGCCAUGUGGACACUGGCAUACAGGGUGUCGGUAGCAGAGUGCACCGCAGACAAGUCCCCACCGGUGGCCAACCAGGUGUGUGUGGCUAUGGCAGGAGACUGGCGUGUUGCUAUGGCUGGAGAAAGAACAGCAAGGGACAGUGUGAAGCUCAGUGUGAACAUGGUUGCAAGCACGGAGAGUGUGCUGGCCCCAACAAAUGCAAGUGUUACCCAGGAUACACCGGAAAGAUGUGCAAUCAAGACCUGAAUGAGUGUGGCCUGAAGCCCCGCCCCUGUGAGCAUCGCUGUAUGAACACCCACGGCAGCUACAUCUGUUACUGCCUCAACGGAUACACUCUGAUGCCUGAUGGCUCCUGUACCAACUCCAGGACGUGCUCCCUGGCUCACUGUCAAUAUGGCUGUGAGGAUGUACAGGGGGAGAUCCGUUGUCUCUGCCCGUCUGCACGGUUGCAGUUAGGGCCAGACCAGAGAACCUGUGUGGAUAUUAAUGAAUGUGUAACAGGGAAGAACCUGUGCCCAUACAACAGGCAGUGUGUCAAUACGUUUGGCAGCUACUACUGCAAGUGUCAGAAUGGCUAUGACCUGAAGUAUAUCAAUGGCAAAUAUGACUGUGUAGACAAUGACGAGUGUGCCGCCAACACACACAAGUGCAGCCACCGCGCUGUCUGUCUGAACACUCAGGGAUCCUACAAGUGCAAGUGCAAGCAAGGCUUCCGUGGCAGUGGUUUUGAAUGCUCUGCUAUCCCAGAGUCCCCAGUGAGGCUGCCAGGGAAGCUGGACAAAGAGCAGAUCAAGAAUGUCAUCCCCGAGUCCAAGGUGACCGUCCCCCCUCAGAUCCACUUGCAGCCCUUCGACUAUGACGGGGAGACCUAUAUGGGUGGCUCAGAGGAGGUGGGCCAGGUGGGCUUUACUGAUGUAGGGGAGGAGGAAGAAGAGGAAGAUGAGGAGGAGACAGAUGUGGACAACAAGCUUAAUUCAAGAGGAGAUGUUUUCAUUCCAGAGGACUUUGAGUCAGUAUUUGGUCCUGCAACGGAUGUCAAAGAGAUCGAAAUAGCUCCAGGACAGGAAGAGUUCUUCAUGGACUGCAACUUCGAUCAGGGCGUGUGUGAGUGGGUGCAAGACAAGGAUGAUAGCUUUGACUGGAGCGUGUCCUACCAUGAAAAUGGUAUGGAGUACUACAUGGCUAUGAGUGGUCUUCUGGGAGAGAAGAAGGACCAGGCCAGGCUAAAGCUGCUCCUCAGUGACCGGGCCCAGCAGGGAGGCUUCUGCCUCACCUUCAACUACCGCGUGAUGGGCAGCCAGGUGGGCACGCUGCGGGUGCUGUUGAACAACAGCACCGAACUUGUGUGGGAGCGGAGCCACAGCCGGAGUCAGGAUUGGCAGACAGAACUGCUCACUGUAGCCUGGAAGAACCAGGCCCCAGAAUCUAUCAUCUUUGAAGCUGAACGUGGGAAUGGAGUUGAGGGAGAGAUUGGGCUGGACAACGUGGUGCUGACCUCAGGCUACUGUCAAGAGGAAGACACAGCCAUCUUUUAAACUGUGAACUCUAAACCUGUAGAAAUCAGUCCAGUGUGUUUGACACAGACCUCAGAGGCAGAGCUAGCAUCAGUCUCUCCCUUUAGUCUACUCUUUUUGGAGAGCAGACACACAUCUUCCUAAAACCCAAACUAAGGGUGUAUUUUUUUGUUGUUGCUGUACUGUACAACAAGUAUUAAGAAAAAUGUGUAUUUGCAGAAUGUUUGGCAGUUCAGCCGUCCACAUAGGAAAGUGUUGCUGAGGGAUUGAGCAUCAUUGGUAUGUGCAGGGAUUUCAUCUGCAAGUUUACAAGCUUUUCUUUUUAUUUGAGCCACCAAUUUGUCCACAAAUAAAUGAUCCACUACAUACAGUUCCGUUUUUCAAUAAUGUUCACAAAUGUUUUGAAAUAUAUUCAAUUAUAUUUUCACAUAAAUGGCAGGAUACGGCAGGAUACGGCAGGAUACGGCAGGCUACGGCAGGAUACGGCAGGAUACGGCAGGAUACGGCAGGCUACGGCAGGAUACGGCAGGAUACGGCAGGCUACGGCAGGAUACGGCAGGAUACGGCAGGAUACGGCAGGCUACGGCAGGCUACGGCAGGAUACGGCAGGAUACGGCAGGAUACGGCAGGCUACGGCAGGAUACGGCAGGAUACGGCAGGAUACGGCAGGAUACGGCAGGAUACGGCAGGCUACGGCAGGCUACGGCAGGAUACGGCAGGAUACGGCAGGCUACGGCAGGAUACGGCAGGAUACGGCAGGAUACGGCAGGUUACGGCAGGAUACGGCAGGAUACGGCAGGCUUUAUAAACAUUAUAUUGUGUUGCUUUUUCUUUUUCUAAGUGACAUUUUGCAGUUAGUUGCGAUAUAUAAAAAUAAGAUAGACUAAGACUUGUAACAUGUAGUUACAUGAACCCUAAAUAGUAAUAUCAGAUUCAUCAAGAAGUCUUCCCUUGAACCCUACAUGCUUUAUAAUCAUAGUACGUGUAUGUAACAAUGCAUAACUGCUGUAAAUUGAGCUUUUAUAUUGUAAUACAUUAAAAAAAAACGUUUUUAUAAUG